AUGGCAGCUUGUGAACGGAAGAGAAAAAGCCGAAUGUUGAAAAAACAGAAAGAAAUGGAAAAUGCAGGCAGUUCAUCAACAGAAACUGUGGGCAGUUCUUCAAUGCCAACGGAAACUAAUAAUACGAGCCCAUCAAACUAUCAGCCAUUCAAGAGACCGCAGUCACUUGGCAAAGCUAUCAAAAGGUCAAUUCGAUCUUUGCCACAGUCACCUAGAAAGAGACAAGCUGUUGUCAGUGGCCUAGCGAAACGUUUUGGUGUGGAUUUGGAAAAAGAGAUGGAAGCAUCAUUGUCAACAACAAGUGGGAACAAUGGUCUUGCAGAAGAA